AUGUAUCGUUCUUAUCCAAAUGUUUCACCUGUUGCAAAUAAAUAUCUUGGACAUAAACUCUUACUUAAAGCACAAGCAGAUCAUGAAAAUCAUAUAAAAAAUGCACGUAGUGUAUUGAAUCUAUCAAAAUCUACGCCUCGAUUUCAUUUAUCAUCAAAUUUUAGACAUAAACAUGUAAAAGAACAUGAAUUAUCAAUGAUUAAACAAGAAAAUGAACGUCUUCGUAGAAGAAUGAUAAAAGCUGAGUCACUUGUUGAUACUCACAAUAAUUAUGUUCUUCAUAGUUUAAAUAUUAUACAACGACAACGUGAAAAAAUUCAACAUGAAAAUGAAUUUCAUCGACUUCAAAAACAAAUAAGUCAAGUUCGACCAAGUUAUCCCGUACGACGAUUUCAACAAGAUUAUGCAAAAAAACAAGAUGUUAAAAAACGAUUGAGUAGAUUUCCAUCGAAUGAUAAAUAA